AUGAAAAUUCAAAUUCCAAAAGAUGAUAAUUUCAUAUUAAUGUUAGACAAAAUAAGUGAAGAAGAAAAAUUUUUUAUUCAUAUUUUAUCAACAUGUGAUAAUAAAAAUUUAUUAGAUCAUUUAUUUCCUUUUGUCGAUUGGAUAUGGUUAAAAUCAGACAUAAUCGCAUGGGCACCAGUCCUAAAUAGAUUUGAUGAUUUGCUGCACAAGUAUAUAAUACAUAAUAAAUUAAAUAAAGAAGAAAAAAAUAUUAAAGAAGAUAUUUGCAAAUCAAACGAUAAUUUAAUAAAAAAAAAUUGUGAAACUGAUAAUAACAAUAGUAAUAAUAUAAAUAAAAUAGGUAAUGAUAAUAAUAAUGACGAAAAAGGUGAUACUAAAGAAAAUAGUGAUGAUUCAUUUAUUCCAUCGGAUUUGCUAAUUGAAGAAAUAUUAAGAUUUACCUAUUAUAUAUUAGACAACUGUCUAAGUAAAUCAAAAUAUAAUUCAUUAGAUCAUUUGUUAGUACUUCUAUGGAGUUUUAAUCCCAAAAUAUCAAUUUUAUCGGCACAAAUUUUAAACAUAUAUUACUUAUUUAUUAAAAAAACAAAAAAAAAUGAAAAUAAAAUAAAUGAAAUUGUAAAUUUUCUUUCUUCAUUGAUUAACAUACCUGUUCCUAAUUAUCUUCAUCCUUACAUCAACAAUGAUAUUAGUAGAAUAAAUGAUAACAAUUAUGUUUCUGGUUUAGUGUUAUAUUAUUUGCAUGAUACAUCAAAUAAAAAAUAUAUGAAUAAUAUUUAUUAUAAAAUUGAAAAUAAGCAUUUUCUUGAUUUAAUUGAUUAUAAUUUAGAUUUAAAUAAAAUAUAUCUUAAUAUUGAUGAUAAUGAAAUACCAUUUACUUCUAUUUUUCCUAAACAAGUUAAGUAUAAUGAAGCAAAAAAAGUUUUACAAAAUGCUUUUGAUACCAUUGUCAAGAAAUAUAAAAUUUAUGAAAAAAAAUUGUUUGAUUUAAGACAUAAAUUAAGAAUUUAUUUAGGAUUAGUAUGCCCUAAAUAUAGAAAAAAAUUAUUUAAUCUGAGAUAUUUAAUUAUAUCUGGUUCCCUAUCAAUUAAUUCUAUAUUAUAUCCACAAAUUAUUGCAAGUAAUAGUAUAUUUUUACAAGAACUUUUAUAUUUUUUGAAAUAUCAUAAAUAUAUCCAUUUUAAUACGUUACAUAUUAUUUUCGACCUGUUAACAACAGCAAUAGAAUCUCAUUUACAUUAUAAACUUGUUUCGGAUAUACUAGGAUUACGUUUGCAUAGUGGUUUAUUCAUUAGUAUUUUUAAAUAUUAUUUGAACUAUUUUUUAUCUUCGUAUUCUAUACAAAAAGAUAUAUGUCCAUUAUAUAUAAUGAAUGAAUAUAAAGAAGAAAUGUAUAGCACAAACUAUAUUAAUUCAUGUUUUAUUAAAAAGCAUUUAGAUCAAAAUUCUUCUUCUAAUAACAAUAAUUGCAAUAACAUUGAUAAUGUAAAUGUUAAAAAUAACGAUAUAAUUAAUAGUAACAAUAAUAGUAUUUUAGAUGAAAACAAUCAACCCAAUUCAACGAGUGAAGUUUUACCAAAUGUAAACAGUAGAAAUAACGAUGUAAAUAAUCUUUCAUGUACAUCACAAACUUUUAAUAAUAAUCAAAAUAAUUUCAAUGAACAAAGUAGCACAUCUUUUAAUAACUCAUUUUCACAAAAUAUAGUUCCCUUAUUAAAUAAUGAAAUUAAUCAAACUAAUUUGGGAUAUCGUUCUAAUGAAAACAAUUUAGUUCAUCAAUCUAAUAUAAUAAAUGAACAAAAUGAUACAUCUAAUAAUAAUUUAAUUUCUAUAGAAAAUAAUGGAAAUAAUCAAAAUUUGAAUUUAAUUUCUCCUAAUGUUCUUGCAUCGAAUUUAUCUAAUGGUAAUAAUGUAAUAAGAAAUAAUCUGUCAUAUCCUUUAAGUAUUGGAGAAAAUGAAAAUGAACAAAUUCAUCAAAAUAAUAUGAAUGGAAAUAUAAAUGAUACUAGUAAUGUUGAUGUGGUAAAUAAUAAUAAUAAUAACAAUAUAAAUAAUACUAAUACAACACAUAAUGAAAAUAAUAGUGGUAAUGAUGAUUCAGUGAAUGUUUUUGAUAAUAUGCAUAAUGAAGUUAACAUGAAUAUUGUUGAUAAUAUGAACAUUUUUGAUUAUAUAAAUAAUACAGAUGAUAUAAAUAAUGAAGAUAAUAUUAAUAUUUUUGAUUAUAUAAAUAAUGCUGAUGACAUUAAUAUUCGUAGUAAUAAUAAUAUGGUUAACAGUGAAGAAAAUGAAAGAACAGGAAAUAAUAGAGGUGAAAUAAAUUACGAUAAUUACGUAAGUGAAGAGGUCAUUAUAAAUAAUAUUAAAAAUUGUAAGAAAACUGGUGAAAGUGAAUUUAAAAAAAUGACAAAAAAUUAUUUUAAAGAAUUUAGAAGAAAAAAAAAAAAAAUAUCUAUGAUGUUGCAAUUAUUAACCUUAUAUCACACAUGCAUAAUGGAGCCUUGCCCUAUUUUAACUAUAGCCCAACAAAACACUUUAAAAAAUUUUCCCUAUUAUUUAUUGGAUGGUUAUACGCUUAACUUACCAAUAGUUCAUUUGCUAUUAAGAAUAAUGGAAACGUUGCUUGACUUUACUCCGAAUUCUUAUUUCACAGUAAGAGAUGAAGAAGAGUUAUAUAAAAUAUUGUUAUCUCGCUUUCAGUAUGAAAUUUUUAUGAUAUCAGAUAGUUUUUAUUAUAUGAAUAGGAAGGAUUUUCUGAAGUAUUAUUUUGAACCAUUUAAUUAUAAUAAAUAUGAUGAAUAUUUUAUUGAAUCAAAAGAUGAUAUAGAGAUGUAUUUAAAGAAACGUAAGAAUACUGUUAAUUUAGUUAAUGAUUGUGUUCAACAGAUAAAUAUAAAUGGAUGUAAUUUUACAGAGAAUAAAUCUAUAAAUAAUAAUAUUAUAAAUAAUGAUAAUACUAUUUUAAAUAAUCAAAAUAUUAGUAAUGAUAAUAAUGUAGAAAAAAAUAAAAAUAUAAAUAAAGGAAAAAGCAUUGUUCAAAAAUAUGAUGAUAAUACUAUAUUUUCUUCAAAUGAUAUAAAAUUAAUAAAUCUUUUUAAAAAAUAUGAUAUUAAUGCAGAUACUACUGAUGACAUUCUUUUGAAUAGAUUCUCAUUUUGGUUAAAAUUACAUAUUUAUGAAGAGAGAGUAAAAAUAAUUAAGAUGAUUUUAAAAGCUUUAAACUUAGCCUUAAAAGGUUAUUCACCAACAGAUACCUUGCUUGAUAUAUUUACUAAUAACUAUAUUUCUGUUAAAAUAAUUAAGUAUAUUUUGAAAUAUCCUCAUAAAUUUAGUUUAUGCCUUUAUGGCUACAUUUUAGGUUUUAUAUAUGAACACAUAUACGAAGACCCAACUAUUUUGUCUACUUUAUUAAAAGAAGGGAUUUUAAACAUUAUGCUGCAUAGUAUUGUAGAAGAAAAUUUAAAAGAUGAAACAGUUUUAAUAUAUGUUCCUUCUUUAUUAUCUUUAAUGUUUAUUCAUAGUAUUGGAAAAUCCUCUAUGAAAAAAUUAAAUUAUACACCAAUAUAUAACUUAUUUCACUUCGUGAUAAAAACUGAUUAUUUCUUUUUUGAUAGAUUUGGAGAUAUUGCAGUAUCUAUAGGAAAUAUUAUUAAUGAGCUAGAAAAUUAUGGAUUUGUAAUGAAAGAUUUCUUAACAUUUCAUGUAAAAUUAUUGAAAAGAUUAUAUAUAGAAGGAUUAAAUCUAGGGUAUUGGAAGUGUUUAGAUUAUAAUUAUGUAGAAAAACAUGUGGAAUCAUCAAUUAAAAAAUUACAUGAUGUGCAGUUAAAAGAUUUAAAUAUAGAUAGAUAUAAAUAUAGAAGAGAUAACUUUUUUUUAGAUAGAUUAUCUAUUAUAUGUAGAUGUAUUUUAUCAUAUAUGAAAAGUUCAUGGAUAAAAACAUUCAUUAAAUUAAAUGGUCUAAAAUUUUUAAUGGCUUUUGCCAAUUUAAUAAGCUUACCACCAAAUUAUGUUCAUAUUUUUGAAUAUCACCCAAUUUAUACUUUUAUUAUGAAAAUUUAUUUAUAUUCAUCCUUUAAGAAUAUAUAUAAUCAGUUUUUAUUCCCUCUUUAUAAUUACAGUAAUUUUAUAUUAUAUAUACAGUACAUUAACUUAAUAUUAAAAAAUACUUUUUAUUUUGAUUUAAGUGAAAAUAUAAUAAUAGCUAAAAAGUCAGCAAUUUUAAGGAAAAAUAAAAAUAAUAAUAAAUAUUUAAAUACUGAUUUUUUUUCUGGACCAUUUAUUGAUCGUAAUAAGAUGCUCUUGUGCAAUAUUACUCAGUUAUUUAAUAUUUUAUAUUUUUUAAUUUCUGCUUAUUCUGAUGCGAAAGGAUUAUAUGGAAAUGAAGAAAAAUUGUAUGAUUCACCAGAGCUAUCAAAUAGGAAAAUUUUAGAAGUUUUUUCUGAUGUACUAGUAACAAUUGAAAGUGUUUUUGAUUUUUAUUUUACUCUUUAUUUUUAUCAAACUAAUGAUUUAAAUAAUAACAUCUUUUUACAUUUAAAAGAUAAAAUAUGUGUACAUGAGCAUGUAAAAAGAACUAUUAGAAACAAUCAAAAUAAAUCAGAUUAUUUAUUGUAUAACUUAUUUGGUUCUACUCGUUCAUUAUACUGUUAUUCAGUUAAUAAUAAUUUAUAUGAUUUAAGUAAUAAAGAAAAUAAAACUCAUUUUAUAUGUGAUAAAGAUAAUAUAGAUGAUUACAAAUUAACUGAUCAUCUUAGCAUGCUGGACAAUGAAGACAGGGUUUAUAAAACAAUAUAUAAAUAUACUUUUUCUCAAGUUUUAUCAGAAUUUAAUUCUUAUAUUCAUAAAAAUGUUAAAAUUCCAUCAGAUGUUGUUAGUUAUAAAAAGAAAGAGAAAUGCAAGUUUAAAAAGUAUUUUUCCAGUUCGGAAGAUUCUGUUAAAAAGAUUUCUGUAAAGAAAGAUAUCAUUACAGAUGAUAUAAGCAAUGAUAAUAGUAUAUAUAGUGAAUUAAUUAGUAAUAAUAAUAGACUAAAUGAUAACUGUAAUAAUAAUAAAAAUAAUGAUAAAAUCAAUGAUAAUAGUAGUAAUACAAAUAAUAAUUAUAAUAACUGUAGUAUAAAUGAUAUAAAUGAAGAUUUUUUUUAUAAUCAAAAUAUUUCCAAAAUAUAUUCCAUUUACAAUAAUAGCUAUGAAAAAAAAAAUAACAUUAAAUCAGAAAAUGAUAAAACAAACAAUUUAAAAUCUAUGAAUCCCAACUAUAAUGAUUAUUAUAUUGAUGACAAAGAUAUUAAUAUGCAUACAAGUUAUCCAUAUGAAUCUAAAUAUGUAAUGUGUGAAAGUUUACGAUCGUUACUAGUAGUAAUUAAAAAAUUUUUUAUUAUGAUUAACUUAGCAUGCCAUACUCGACAAAUGAAAAUAAAAACUAGUCCAAAUUAUAUUUUUUAUAAUGUUUUACAACAAAAACAUAUUCUUUGUAUUAUUAGAUGCUUAACAAAAUGUAUGAUGAAUAUUCCAUUGGUUAGUAAACCAAUACAAGAAAAUUCAUGCAUGAAUCCAAAUAGUAUUUACAGCAUAUUAUCAGAUAAUAUAACAAUAGAAAAAAUUAAUUAUUUAAAUAAAGCGAAUGAAAAAAAGAAUAAAUAUAAUAAUAAUAAUAAUAAUAUAUCAAAAAAUAAUUUUAAAAAUCAUGCAAAAAAAAUAUCAAAAAUCAAUCCAAAUAUUGCACAGCAAAAUAGUAUGAAACACAAUUAUAAUAAUGAUCCUAUUUUAGAAGAAAAUAAAAAUACUACAUGCAAUAGUAACAGCAAUAAUAAUAAUGAUUCCUUGAAUAAUGUUGAAUAUAAAAAAUUAGAUAAAAAUUACAACUUGUACGAUUAUUCAUAUUCUCCAUUUAUGAAUUAUCAUGUUGAAAAAAUUGAUAGCUUUUAUCCAGAAAGUUUUUAUAUGGAAGAAAUAUUAUUUAAAAAAUAUAAUUUUAACUUUUCUAGCGUUUCUAUAAUACCAAAUAAAAACAUUUUAAAUAAUAAAAGUACAAACAAAGAAAUGAAUUUGAAUCAUAAUUCAAAUAAUAUUAAUUUAUUAGAAAAUGCUGAUAGUGGUAAUACGUUCAGUAUUAAUGAUAAUAAUUUAAAUGAUGUUGACACAAAUAACUUUAAUGAAAAUGGUUUGAAAACUUUAAACAACCUAAAUUUUAUGAAUAAAUGUAUUAAUGAUAAUUUGAAUAAAUAUAAUAAAAUAUACAUAUGUGACAAUAAUGGAAAUAUAAAUAACGUAUGUAAUAUGAAUACAUCGGAAAACUCUAAUAUUAAAAACAGUGACAACAAGGAGGAAAAUUCUUCAAACAAUUUUUUAAAUGAAAAAAAAUUUGUAAAUGUUUUAAUUCAUAUAGAAAAUUACACCCCAAUAAAAACUAUAAAAUAUAUUUCGGAGUUAAUAAAUAUUUUACAUAAAUUACUUUCUGAUAACAAAUUAGAAUUUAUUAGCUAUUUUUAUUUUUUAGAUUUAUUAUAUAAAGUAGGAACAUUUGAUUUUAUUUUUAAUAUGUUUAAUUAUGUAAUGAGUGUAUAUAUAUCAUUGUUAGCAUUAUAUUAUAAAAAAAAAAAGGAAAAUAAGCAAAAUAUUAAUUCCAAGUAUACUAAUUAUAUUCCUAUACAUGUAAGCAAAAAUUACACAUGUACCAAUACUUAUUUUGUUCGUUACAUUAUAAGAUUAAUGCAGUAUUAUUCUGAUUAUGACAUAAAUAGUGUAAAAAUAUAUUUACAAAUUACUGUUAAAGCCAUAAAUGCUUUUUUAGAUUUUUUUAUUAGCUUAAUAAAUAUAGGAAAAUUUAAUUUAAUUUUAUUUUGUUCCAAAAUGUUGCAUCCUCUUACAAGAAUCCACAGUAAUUUUAAAAAUAAUCAUGAGAAAGAAAAAGAAAAAGAAAAAGAAAAAGAAAAAGAAAAAGAAAACAUAAAAAAUAAGGAAAACAAAGAUAUUAAAGAAAACAUUCUGAAUGAAGAAUUUAAUUAUACUUUAAAUGGGAAUGGAAGCAGAAUAAAUAUAAAUGGUGAUGAAAAUAAUGAUAUAAAAGGUAAAAAAGAAAAACAAGAAGUAAAUCUUAAUGAGUGUAAUUCUAAUUUAGAUAAUACUAAAGAUGAGAAUAAUAAUACUACUAUAAUUAAAGAAGAAAAUGCCACCAAUGAUAGAAAUGUUGAAAAUGAUGAUAUUCCUAAUAAUAUAAAUGUUGAUAAUAAUAAAAAGAAUACUUCUCCAAAUUCAUCAAACAAAUAUGUCAAAAAUAACAAAAGCAAAAAUUUUUCUGAUGAUUGUAAUAAUAUAUCUGAAAAAAAAAAAGGAGAAAAACAAAAAGAGAAAAAAAAUACAUUUAGUUAUAAUAAUAAUUUUUUAUUUUGCUUAGAUUUUUUUGAUAUUAUUAACACAAUAAGAUCAGUAAAGUGUGAAAUAUCCAAUAAUAUAUUUAUGUGGUUGACAUAUAUUAAUAGUACAAGUGUUAAAAUUAACAAUCUAGGCAAGAAUAAUAUAUAUAUAAAUUUUAAUAAUAAUAUAAUAUAUACUUUCUUAAAAAUUAUUUUAAAAUUUAUUCAUCAUUCUACGGAAAUAGAACCCAAAAUUUUAGAAUUUUGGAUGAAAGAAAAAUGUAAAGAAAAAAAAAAUAUUGGAAAUAAGGAAAAAGAAAAAGAUGCAUUUAAUUAUCCAAAUGUAGAUAUAAUGGAAGAGUGGGGAUAUAUGGGAUUUGAUGAAAAAACUAUUUAUGAUUGUUUAAAUUAUUCAGGAACAACUGAUUUAGAUUGUACUUUAAAUUAUCUUGAUAGAGCUAAAGAAAAGGAGUUUUUUUUAAAUUUGAACAAGGAAAAAUCUUUAUCUGAAAGGAAAAGAGAAAAUAAGAAAUUUUGCUAUUCUGAAUGUGAUGAAAAUAGUAGUGAAGAAAAUUCUAAUACAAGUAAUAAAAAAACAGAUAAUGAAGAUAGAAAAAAUGAAAACAUAAGCGAAAAUGCAAAUGAAAGUGAAAAUAAGGUAAUAGAUAAUAAUAGUAAUAAUAAUAAUAAUAACAAUAAAAAUUCUAAUAAUAAAGAACAUUUUUAUAAAGAUGAUAAAGAUGUACUAGAAAAAUUUCCAUUUAUGUACGAAAUUCUUAGAGAAGCAAAAGCAAAAUCAACACAUGCAAGAAUUUAUUACUAUGAAACUAUAAUGGACCCAAAUAGUAAAAGAAAUAUGAUUUUUUAUUUACAGUAUUAUUUAAAACUAUUAAAAACAAAUUUAUUUCGUACAUACGAAGAGAAUAAUACCAUAAAAGAAUUUUGGGAUGAAGAAAAAUAUUUAUUGUUAAAACAAUACAUUUAUAAAUAUAUUUUCAAUAUGCUCAUAAAUAUAAUGAUUACUAUACCAUAUAAUGAAUUGUCCUUUAUGAAUUUAUAUUUGAGUUUUCUUGUUAUAGAUAUAGAUAAAAAAACUGUAAAAUUGUUUCUAGAUCAAUAUAGAAAAACAAUACAUGACAAAAAUAGUAAUAAAAGUAGAAUAUUUAAUCAUCAAGAUGUUAAAAUCAUUAUUUUGUAUUAUUUUAUUGAAAAUAUAUCAAAAAAAAUUAAGACUUUAAAAAAUGACGAAAAUUUUCCUAUUGAACCUUUCUAUCAUUGUCAUCAUUCAUUUAUGCAUUUUAAUAAAAAGAAAAAUAAAAGUACAAAAAACGAGAAUACUAAUACAAAACUAGAAACAAAAAACAAAAAUAUAAAUAAGAAUAAAGUACUAGAAGGUAGAAAUAUUGAAAAUUCGUGUGAUCAUCAUAUUUUGUCAUCAAACAAUGUUAAUACUACUACUGCGAAUAACAGUAAUAAUAACAAUAAUAAUGCUAAUGCUAAUGAUAAUAAUAAUAAUAAUAAUAAUAGUAAUAGUAAUAAUAAUAAUAAUAUCAUACACGUAGAAAGUGUAACAUUGAAUAAUAGAACGAAUAAUGACUCUAAUAAUUCAAAUAACAUUUCAAAUAAUAAUAAUUCAAAUAAUAUGAACAAUAGCAGUAGUCAAAAUAGAAGAAAUAAUAUAAUUAAUGAUUUAUUGGUAGACUAUCAACUAAAUAAUUAUGAUACAAGUAAUCAUAGUGAUGAUAAUACUACUGUAUUUUAUCAAGGUAGUGAUAUUGUUGAUGAAAAAAAUUCAGUUAAAAAUAAUAAAUUAAAUAAGGAAAAGAAUAAUGAUCAAGAAAUAGGUAAUGAAUUAAAUGAUGAUAAAGAAUCUAUAUAUGGUACCAAAUAUAUUAAAGGUGAUAUGGAUAUAAUAUAUGAAUCACAAAAAGAUAUGGAAAUAUAUUCUUACCAUUUCUGUUUAUAUAUGUUAUUUUUUACUUUAUACAACAUUAUUCAUAAGUAUAAUAUAGCAAAGAAUUUAAUUCUUCAUAUAGAUAGAAAUAUUCUAGAUUAUUGCAUUUUCUUUAUACAAAAAUUUAAUGUUACUUAUUUAAAAGAUGUAGAAAAUAAUUCUAAUUAUUAUUUGACUCAAGAAAAAAAUAGAAAUAUUCAAAAUGGAAAUACAAAAAAGAUGGAAGGUUUUCUAGAUAUGCAUGGAGUAGGAAAUAAUAUUAGCAAUACUAAGACUCGCGCAAGUGAUAACGAUUCCUCAAAACGAAAUCAGGAGAAAAAUAAAAGAAAAAGAAAAUAUAACAAAAUAUUACCAUCAAAUAAACCAAAUUCUAGUAACCUUGAACAUUCCGAUAUAAAUUCCGAAAAUUUUGAAAAUUGUUUUUCAUAUGCAAAUGAACAAAACUGCAACAUCAUAAAAGAAGAUACUUUAGUUGAAAAUGGAAAUAUUUCAAAUUGUUCUACUCAUAAUAUUGUAAGACAAAAUAAUGAUGAUCAAAAUGGUAAUAAUAACGUCGUUAGUAAUAUAAGUAAUACAAAUAAAAAAGAAAAAAUAAACAUAAUGUAUAACAAGGGUUUAGUAAUAAAUAAAAGUAUUGAAACACAUAAUUUAUUGAUUCCAUAUUGGAAUUUGGCUGAUAUAGAUAAUUCAGAAACUGUACAAAAAACGGCAAAUAAUUUAUGUAUAGAAAAUGAUGAAAAUAAAUUUAUUGCUCUUUACUCAAAACCACCUUGUUUUUAUGCACCACUAUAUAUGUGCUUACAUAAAAUUAUUAUCAACUAUUCUUUAUAUAAUUUUAACGAUAAAAAUAAAAAAAUAAUAAAAAAGCAAAAAGAGGAGAAACUAAGUGAAGAAAAAAAUAUGAAUUUUUCAAAAAUGGAAAAAAAUAACAUAUUAAAUAAAACUAAUUUUAAUAAAAUAGAAAAAAGUUGUAAUCAAAGUGAUAAAAAAAACGGCACUAAUCAAAAUUUUUAUGAAACAAAUAUUGAAAAUAUAAGAUAUAUAUCCCCAGAAAAACAACAUAAUAUAAUAAAAAUAUGUAUUGAUACACUAUAUUAUUUUAAAGGCUAUAAUUCUCAUUUAUGUUUAAGUAUUUUACAAAUUAUUGAGUAUUUAACAACUACAUAUAAUAAUGUUAUAUUUUUUAUAUCAUAUUCCCCUCCAAAUAUUUAUAAGAAUUUUAAAAAACUUUUUCAAAUAGAAGAAAAAAGAAAAAAUAAGCAAAAAAAAUUGGAAGAAAAAAAUUAUUCUGCAAAAUGUGAUAAAUUAUUUGUAAAUGAGAAUAUUAUAAAUUUGAACUUAAGUAAAAAUGGUAUUAAUGAAGAAAAAAAUUUUAAUGAAAAUGAUAAUAAUGAUUAUGCUAAUAGUAUUAAAGAUAUAAAUACCAUUCCUAAUUAUUGUAUAGAUGAAAAAAAUAAAGAACGCUCUAAUUAUUCAGAACCAAGGCUAUCUUAUUUUGAUUUAAAUGAUUUAAUACUAAAUAAUAUGAGUAGAAAUAGUUUAGGUAUUCUUUUAACUAUAUCAAAGCAAGCGAAAUUCAAAGAUAUGCUAAUAAUAAUAAUAAAUAUAUUAAUUCAAUGUUUCACUGAUAAUUAUGUUAUUGCCAAUAGAAUUGAAUAUAGCAUUAAAUCUUAUUUCCUAUGUCAUGGAAUUCCCGUUAGAUGCUUCAUGAGAGAAAAUGAUUUAAAAGCAAUUGAAAAUAAAAAUUUUUCAAAUGCAUUAGGUGUGUCAUUAAAUGAAUUAAAUGAAGCAUUAUAUCCAUUCAUUUUUAAAAAUCCACAAAUUUAUGAAGAUAUUUUAAGUUCCUUAUGUUUUUUUCCUAACUUAAAAUAUGUAAAGAAGAAUAAAGGAGAUGAAUUAGAAAGUUUAAAUAUUAAUUCUUAUAUAUUUAAUAUGCACAACAAUAAAGAUAGAAAUAAUUUGAAAUUACCAAUAAAUAUUGAGAAAAAUGAAGUCAAUAACAAUUCUAACAUAGAGCAAAAAGCAAAUAUUAGUCUAGAUAAAUUGAAUAAUAAUAAUAUUUUAAAAAUUAUAAAAACAGAAAAACAAAAGAAAAGUAAGGAAACUGAGAAUGAUCAUAACAGUAUAUUGAAAAGCACAUUAAAUGGAGAAAAAAGUAAACAGUAUGAUUCAUCAAACAUAAAUAGAAAUAGUAGUUCUAUUCCAUAUUUAAAUAAAAAAAAAACAAAAUCUCCGAAAGAUAUUAAUAUAAAUGAAAAUAAUAAUAAUAUUAAUAAACACAAUAAAUAUUAUUUAAAUUUCUUUCCAAUACCUGAAAAUAUAAAAUCUAUAUAUAUGUUAUCUGAAACAGCAAACAGUACAAAAUACUUAAAAAAAUAUCAAAUUAAAAAUAAUUUUUAUAAUUUCUAUAUAUUAUCUACCUUAUUUGAUUUUUUAAAUUUGUUUACUAUUAUUCAAAGUAAAACGAGAUUAACUAAAUUAAGUGAAAAAGAAGAAAGACUUAAAUUUAAUAAAAAAUUAAUGGAAAUAUAUGGGAAUGAUGUUGAUUUUGAUAAUGAGUUAGAAUAUAAAGUUAUGUAUCCGUUUGCUUUAACUGCUGAUAAUAUGCUAUUUAUUGUUAAUUUAAUUUUAAAAACAUUUAAGCAUUUAAUUGCUUAUUUAAUUAAAGUUCCAUCAUCCUUUAAUCAUAAAAUUAUAAAAACCUUCUUUCAAAAAGAUUAUGAUAUGUAUAAUUUUAAAGGAGAAAUGCUGUGUAAUGAUAGUUUUUUUUCAUACAAUAUAGAUUAUAUAAGUAAAGAAAAUAAGGUAAAUGCUAAUUGUUCUCUUUCUAACAAUAACACAGCUAUUAGAAACAAAAAUACCAAUGAUAUUGUUAUAAAUUCGAACAUAUCUAAUAAUGAUAAUCCAAUAAAUGGUAACAAUGGUGAUUUAAAUGCCAUUUUAUUAAAAAAAAAUGAAGAUAUAAUGAAGAAUUCAUUAAAAGAAAACAAAAUAUCUCAAUACAAUACACAAGUGUCAAGUAUCAUAAAUAAAUUAAUACGAAGCGAUUCCUCAAAUACACAUGAUUAUAAGCAAAUUUCGGAAUAUUAUCUACAAAACUACAUGGAAUACUAUUCACUAUUUGAUUUAUCUAAUUUUACCUUUAGAAGCUGUUUAUUCCCAUUUAUAUAUGAAAAGAAGUAUAUAACAGAUAUUCAGAAUAUUGAUUUAAUAAACUAUGUUUCUAAUGUUAAUAAUUCAAAUAAUAUAGUAUUUACUCCCUUUUUAAUCUUUUUAUUUAAAAGAAUAUUGCCGCAAUUUAUUUGUCUCAGUCAUCCAAUAUUAUAUAGCUCUUUUACAAAAAAUAAUUUUAAAAAAAAAUUUAAAAAUAUUGAUAAUUAUUAUUCUUCGUUAAGUAAUUAUGAAUCAAAAAAUUUUAUAUAUGUAAAGCAUAUUCUUAACUUUAUUCAAUUAAUUUUUGACAUACACAAUUCUAGUUAUUAUGUGCACAAAAAAGUAGUAUUAGAAAUAAUGCAUUUAUUAAAAAUUUAUUCAAAUUUUCAAAAAAAAAAGGAUCCCAUAAUUAAAAAUGAAAAAAAUGUGGAAAAUGUUUUUUCUAAUGUAAUAGACGUUUUUUCUUAUGCAAUUAGUUCUUUGCUUUAUAAAUUAGUUAAUGAACAAAAUAUUAAUGUUGAGAAGAAUAGCAUACUUGAAGAAAAGCAAAUUUUAAAUACGGCAAAAUUUUUUUCUAAGGAAGGUAUUCAUAAAAAAGGAGAAAAUAGUUCAAAAGAGGAAAAUGAGAAGAAUAAUAAGAACACGAAAUACAAUAAUAAUAAUGAUGGUAAGAAUGAUAUUGAAGGUAAUAAUAGUAACAAUAACAGCAGUAAUAGAAAUAAUAAUGAUAAUAAUAAUAAUGAUGAUAAUAAUAAUAAUGACAGUGAUAAUAAUGAUGAUAAUAAAGGUAAUAAUGAUAAUAAUAAUAAUGAAAAUAAUGAUGAUAAUAACAAUGAUAAUAAAGAUAAUAAUAAUAAUGGUAAUAAUAAUAAUAAUAAUAAUAAUAAUAAUAAUAAUAAUAAUAAUAAUAAUAAUAAUAAUAAUAAUAAUAAUAAUAAUAACAAUAAUAAUAAUAAUAAUAAUAAUAAUAAUAAUAAUAAUAAUAAUAAUAAUAAUAAUAAUAAUAAUAAUAAUAAUAAUAAUAAUAAUAAUAAUAAUAAUAAUAAUAAUAAUAAUAAUAACGAUAAUAAUAAUAAUAAUAAUGAUGAUGGUAAUAAUAAUAAUGGUAAUAAUAGAAAUAAUAAUGAUGAUGAUAGUAAUAGAAAUAAUAAUAAUGAUGAUGAUAGUAAUAGAAAUAAUAAUAAUGAUGACGAAGAAAAAAGAGAGAAAAAAGAUGAAAAUAACAAAACAUUUUUUUAUAGUAGAGAACAUUUAAUAUUAUUUCGCCAUUCUUUAUGUAACUUAUUAAAUAAAUUAGAUUAUACAAAAGAAGAUUUUGUCAAUAUAGCUACAUCUAUAAUUCGCUGCUUAUCUGUUUUAACAUCAGCACCAAUUUUGGGGUAUCCUAUAAAAACAAAGAAUAACAAAUUAUGUAUGAUAAAGCUGAAUAAAUUGAAUGAAAAAAAAAAUAAGAAAAUAAGAAAAAUAAAAAGAAAUAAAAGAAGAAAAAAUAUUUCCUAUGUUACCUUUUUAAAUCCAUCAUAUGUUCGUUUUAGAUCGGAUUCAAGUAAUAAUAAUUCAGAAUGCUCAGAUAUUCCUUAUUCUGUUGAUUCGGUUAUUUCGUAUGAAGAGCACUUUAUUUUUAACAAUGAUGAUACUGAUGAUGAUGAUGAUGAUGAUGACGAUGAUAUUCGUUAUGAGUAUGAAGAAGAAAUGGAUGAUGACUACUUAGAUGAAGAUGAAGAUGAAAAUGAGGAGUUAUUUAAUGAACAGAAUUAUUUUGAACAGAGAGAUAAUAUCAAUAGUAAUUUAAAUGAAGAUCUGGAUCCAGAACAAAAUAAUGAAAGUUCCCAUAUUGAUGGUGAAAACGAAAUAGAAACAAACGAUCAUGAUGAAGAGGAAGAAGAAGAGGAAGAAAUUGAUGAAGAUGAAGAAGAAGAAAUUGAUGAAGAUGGAGAAGAUGAAAUUGAUGAAGAUGGAGAUGAAGAAGAAGAAAUUGAUGAUGAUGAAGACAUAGAAGAUGAAGAUAUUGAAGACGAAGAUGAUGACAUGGAUGAAGAUGAACUAGAUGAAGAUGAAGAAGCAUUAGAUGAAGAAGAAUAUGACGAAAUUGAGAUAGAAGAUGAAAAUAGAAGAGAAAGAAAUAGUAAUGAAAAUGAAAAUAAUAGAGGUUUACAUGUUCAUGCAUAUUUAGUACAAGACAGAAAUGUAAUAGAUGAAGAUCAAAUAUAUGAUAACUCAAAUAAUUUAUUAUUACCACAUGAAAUUGAUGAAAAUGAAGAGAAUUUAUCAAAUAAUGAUGACAAUAAUAAUAAUAUAGUUUCUCGAUUAGAUUUAGGAUCAUGCAGCAGUAACGAUUUAGAUGUACAGAGUACUCAUAGAAUUAGAGAAAUGGAUGAAACAGAAGACUACGAUGAUGAUGAUGAUGAUGAUGACGAUGAUGACGACGAUGAUGAUGACGAUGACGAUGAUGACGAAGACGACGACGAUGACGAUGAUGAUGAAGAGGAAGAAGAAGAAGAAAUUGAUGGCAACAAUAGUUGUUUUAGUAUCAAUCAAAAUAACGAUAAUGGAAGAACAAAUAAUAAUAACGAAGAUUUAAUGGAUACUGAAAUAAAUGUCAACAACUCUUUGUUAAAUUGUAAUGAAAAUCAACAUGAAAUAUUAGAUACUCUACUAGAGGAAGAUGGUGUUUAUAAUAUUAAUGAUGAUAUAGAUGAAUACAAUGAUGACUAUAUCGAUGAUUGUGAAAAUAGUAAUAGAAAUAACAUCAAUUUCAAUAAUAAUGACAAUAAUGAAGUAGAAAAUGUAAAUAAUGAUGAAAUAAUAAAUGGAAUUAAUUCCGUAAGUUUAUUAAAUAGUAAUAAUAUAAAAGAAAAUAAUAAAACUAAUAAUGAGGGUGAUAAUAUCUUUUAUGCAAAUGAAAAUAAUAUAACAGAGAAUAAUUUAAAUGAUGCUGUUAGUGAUAAUAGGAAUAAUCAAAACAUUCCUCUUUUAAAUUCUUCAUCAAACGUUAAGAAAAACACAAAUAAUUCUGAUAAUUCAAAUGCUAUGUUUAAUUCUGAAAUAGUAACGCAAAACGCCAUUAAUAAUGAUUUAACAAAUAAUAUAAAUAUUAAUGUUAAUGAAAAUGAUGAUACAAAAAGUAAUAUUAGAAGUAAUUUAUAUAAUAACGGUGACACUAAUACUAAUGGUUUUAAUAAUGUGAAUAAUGAUAAUAAUGACUUACUUGAGAAUAAUAAUAUUAACAAUAAUAAUAGUACUAAUGAAUAUACUAGUAUACUAAGUAAUGAAGAAAAAAGUAAAUUACAAGAAAAUAAUAAUUUUAUAAAUAAAAAUGAAGAGAACAAAAAAAAAAAUGGUAAAGAGGAUAGUAAAAUGAUAAAAGAAAAUUUCAAGAUUAGUGAAAUAAAUAGCCAUCAACAAAUUAAGGAAAAUGAUAUAAAUAAUGAAAAUACAGUUAAUAAAAACAUGUAUUCAGAUGAUAAUAAUGAGGAAGAUAUAAAAAACACGUCAAACAUUAAAAAUGUUAGAAGCAAUGAAAAUAUGGCAAUAAGUGAUAGAAUUAACUCUUCAGAAGGUUUACUAAAUCUUAACAAUAUAAAUGAAAAUGAUAUUGGUUUAAUUGAUUUAUAUUAUCACUUUUAUAGUUCUUAUAACGGAGACUUAAAUUCUUUAAUUAAUGAAAAUAAUAGUAUAUUAUAUUUAAAUGAGGCAGCGAGGAUUAAUACCGAAUCUCCAGAAAAUCAGAACAAUUCUUUGAAUAGCGAUCAUGUAGAAAAAACAAAUAAUGAAAAUAGGUUAGAACAAAGAUUACUGGUAAAUAAUAAUAGCAGUAACAAUAACUCUGAAGAAAUAAAUAGCAUGCCAACCAAUGCUAAUAUACUCACAUUAAUGAAUCAACUUUGCUCUAAUUUAUUAUUAAAUAGUGAUAGGGGAAGUAAUGAAAAUAGAAAUAGUAACAUAGAAUUAACGAAUGCAUCUAAUAUAGUAAGAAAUAAUAAUAUUACAAAUAACAACAAUGAUUUUAAUAUAAAUGAAAACUCUACUAAUGAAAAUGAUCCAUAUAAUAACGCUGUGAACGAAAACAAUUGCACUUUUUAUCAUAUUAAUUUUGAUAGAAUAAAUAAUAUUCCCAUGCAACCAAUUUCUAAUAAUUCUUCAAACUCUAGAGCCAAUAUAGUAAACAGGAAUAUGAAUCAUACAAAUAAUAACUUGAGAAAUUUAUAUAAUAGUAUUCGAAAUUAUAAUAUAAGUGAAAAUAAUACUAACAAUAAUAGAAAUAUUUAUUUUCCCUCUAGUAUUAUAAGAAAUAAUAUAAAUGAAGCAACUAGAGAUUCAGAAUGCCAUAUAAAUAACAAUAAUGAAGAAGUAAAUAAUGAAAAUAGCUAUUCUUAUUUAGAUGAAGUUGAAAAUAUUACUAAUUUUAAUUCUAGUUGCAAUAUACAUAAUCGUAACAAUAAUAAUAAUAAUAAUGAUAGAACUGUAUCUGAUUUCAACGCAGAUACUAAUCACACAAAGAACAAAAAUAUAAAGGAUGAAAAAAAAGAAAAUAUAAACAAGAAAAAUACAAAAAAUGAAGAAAAGUUUAGUUUGGUUGAUACAGUUUUGGAUAAUGAUAAAAAAUUAAAAAGUAGUAUUUGUAAUAUGAUAUACAGCAAAUUAUGCAAGACUAUUCCUAAAGUUCACAUAAAUUUACCAUUUGAAAAUUUAAUUGAAGAAAAAAAUAAAAUAAUCCAAAAUAUGAAAAGACAAAUAAAAGAAAAAAAAGAUGAUGAAAAGGAUCAAGAAAACAAAAGCCCAAACAAAAAUGAAAAUGAAAAUUUAUCAAUUUUGAACAACGAAAAUAAAUCAACCAAUGAUAAUUUAACCAAUCAUAAGAUAAAUGAGGAUUCAAAACAAAUACCUAAAAUAAAAGAUGAAACUGAUAUAAAUGAAAACAAUUCCAAUAAUAUUGCAAAUAUAGAAUCAUUAGAACAAAAUGAUCAAAUUGAAAAUGUGCAAAUAAGCACAACCAAUAAUCAAAAUAAUAAUUUGCAAGAAAACUUGAAUGAAGCUAAUUUACAUGAAGAUACUAUUGUCCAAAAUAAUGUAAACUAUAAUGAACAAAAUGUAGAAAAUGAAGAUUAUAAAAAUAUAAAUUAUGAAGAAUUGUUUGAUAAUGUUCUUAAAAAUGAAUCUAUUCUUAUAAUAUGCUGUUCAUUAGGAAUAAAUGAAAAUCAAUUUUUACAACUCCUAAAUGUUGAUAGAUCCUUUCUCAUUGAAUUACCAAAUAAUUUAAUAGACGAAAUUAUAAUUCAGCAUUUAAAGAAUAUUACAUUAGCAGGCAUAAAUGAAAAGGCGCAAGAAAAUAUAAUAAAUAAGAAAAACAUAUCCAUUGAAAUAUAUAAAAAUUAUCUAAAAUUUAAAGAAUUUAAAAAAGUGCAGCAAAAUUUAUCAUCUGAAAACAAUAAUGAAUUAAAUGCGAACAUAGGAGGUAUUAUAACUAAUAAUACAAACAAUAAUAUAUCAGAAAAUUUAGAUGAUGAUCCUCGUAAUAUAAAUUCUACUGAAAGCAAUAUUUAUGUAGAAAGCAUUAAUAAUGUUGAAAACAUUGUAAAUGGUGAAAGGGAUUUAAAUAUUGAAGAUAUUACGAAUAUUGAAAGUAAUGUGAACGUUUCAGAAGUAAUAAAUAAUGAAAAUAAUGCAAAUGUUGAAAAUAUAACAAAUAAUGAAAAUGGUGCAAAUGUUGAAAAUAUAACGAAUAAUGAAAAUGGUGUAAAUGUUGAAAGUAUAACGAAUAAUGAAAAUAGUACAAAUCUUGAUGAAAAAGAAAGAAAUCUCCUUAUUUAUAAUAGUAUAAAAAAAAGUUAUUUAGAAGCAUUACCAUCUAGCGUAAGAUCAGAGAUUAAAAAGAGAAUUAUAGGAAACAAAAGUCAAAGAAAUGAAUUACAAGACGAAACAAAUAUAUCUUUCAUAGAUUCUCUAACACCUGAAUUAAGAAGAGAUGUGUUAUCUACAGCAAGUAUAAGAUUUAUAAGAACAUUGACAGAGGAAAUGAUAGAAGAGGCAAGGAAUUUAAGAUUAGUAAUUUUAAAUGGUCGUUCUAAUAAUUUAAGUAUAAACAAUAGAAGUAGGCAAAAUAAUACAAAUAAUGAUAUUAUAAAUUCAAGUACUAAUGUGAGAAAUAAUAAUAACACUACACCAAGUAUUAAUGUAAGCACAGAUAAUUCUAACAUUGCUAGUAGAAUAAAUAGCAUAAGAAAUGAUAUCCAAGAAAGAAUUACAAGCAAUGUUUUAAGAAGUACAUCAAACAAUUUAAAUAAUAAUAAUGAUAAUAAUAAUAUAAAUAAUAGUAUAAAUAAUAAUAUCAGUAGUAAUAAUAAUCUUGUUACAUUAAAUAAUAAUAAUAGAAAUACAAGAAAUAACAGAACCACACUCAGCACAACCAAUAGAAAUAUCAUUAAUAGUAGGCGUCGUUUGAAUAUUCCCUUAAGAAAUACUCUUAAUAACAUGCAACGAAAUAAUUUUAUUAGAAUAACUUAUAAUGAAAAUAAUAAUCCAAUUAUAAUGAUAAAUACAGGGCAUGAAAAUUAUGAUAGUCUUACUGUUUCUCGUUUUCUUGAUCACUUUUUAGGUAGUAGAUCAAUUGAUACAUCUAAUCCUAAUUUACGUUUAGAUGAUAGUAAUACCACUAAUAACACUGCUAAUAAUAAUAAUAAUAAUAAUAAUAAUAAUAAUAAUAAUAAUAAUAAUAACAGUAAUAACAAUAAUAAUGAAUCAAGAUUGUAUUUUAGUAACGAAAAUAGAAACAGUAGCAAUAUUGAUCAUAAUUAUCAUGUAAUGAAUGAUGAUAAAUCUUUAGAGAAAGAAGAGGAUGUAUCACUAAGUAAAUAUCUAAAAAAUUUAUUUCCUUCUAUAAAUAAGUUAGAUUCAGACAAUUCUAAAAUUUCAUCUUUGUAUGUAUGCUUAGAAGAACCUGUAUCUUCUCAGGCUUUAAUCGAUAUAUGUAGAUUAUUAUUUUUAAAAAAAGAAAUAAAUAAGAAAAUUAUGUUUACAUUAUUUUGUAAUUUAAUUUGUUCAUAUCAAAAAACGAAAAUUUAUACACUUCAGCUAUUUAUGAAUAUUUUAUGGACUGCAUCAGUUGAUUUACAUGGAAAGAAGAAUAACCCUUCAUACGUUGCAUUAAAUUCUUUACAUUUUCCUCCUAAAAUGUUAUAUUACAAUGUAAAUAAAAAAAAUUAUGGUUUAUUUUCAGAUAAUUAUUUAACAACAGCUUCUGUAUCAGCAGAAAGAGUUUUAGAACAAGUACAAUCAUUACUUAUUACUAUUCCACACAUUACUACUUUUUUUUCAACUUUGCUAAUUCAUCCUUCUUACUUUAUACCUAAAGAUAUCGAACAAAAACUAAAAAGAAAAAAAGAAAAAAAUGAAGAGAAAAAAAAUUAUAAUAGAAUAAAUGAAGAAAAAGAAGAAAAACUAGGAAGUAAAGAAAGAGAAAAAGAGGAAGAAGAAGAAGAUGAAAACAAAAAUGAAAAAGAACUAGAAGAAAAAUAUAAUGAUGAUGAAGCAGUUAUUUUGCAAUAUGAGUUAAAAAGAAAAAGAUUAAAAAUGGAUCAAAAAAAUAUUUUUCAUAUACAUAACAAAAAUUUUGAUAAAAAAAUUGAUAAAUCAAAAAAUGAAUAUCCUAUAAAUAUUUUAUUCAAGUUAUUAAAUUCUUCAUUAUACUUAACAUCAAAAAAAUUAAUGAGUCAUUUGUUAUCUGUCAUAUAUAAUCUUUUAAUUAACUGUGGAAAAAAAUUUUAUAAUUAUGCAAAUUUUACUAGAUGGGUAUAUACUGAAAAUUUAGAAGAAAUUUUGAAUGAUGAAAACACAAGCAAAGAAGAUGAUUUCAGAAAAGAUGAUGACAUUAACAACACAUCAUUACUAAAUAGUAGUUCUGUUGAAAAAAAUGCUUCCAUAAGUAAAGAAAAUAGUGGGAAAAAUAAAGACAAGAAACAAAAAUAUAAAUUAAAAGAAUUUAGUCAUACAUCAAAAAUUAAUAGAGAAUUACUAUUAAAUAUAAGAAAUUUAAAAUAUAAUGAAACAGAAAAAAAUGAUUCAAAUACAAAACCAUAUUAUUUAUUAGAAGUUAUAUCAAUGGACGCUUUAAGUAAUUUAAGUAAACUGAUAUGUAAUUAUAAAACAAAUUUCUUAUGGAUAAAUACUAAUAAUAAUAAUAGUAAUAAUACGAAUAAUAGCAAUUUAGAACAAGUACAUAAGCAAGAUAUUUCUUCAUUAACACAAAUAAUGGUUAUGUUUUUUUCACAUUAUAAAUUAAAAGAAUUAAUUAUUCAAACAUUAAAAUAUCAUACUCAUGUAUUAAUAAAGAGGAUAAUUUAUGAUUUAAGAAAAAUUAUUCAUUCAAUUCAUAACAAGACUUUUAAUGUUUAUUCUGUUGAUCAUUCAGAUAGUUUAGAACAAAAAUUAAUAGCAUUCUAUAGAGUAAUUACAAUUUUAUUUAAUGCACCUUCUCUAAUAGAAAAUUUAACAAAUAAAUAUGAAUCAACCAAAAAUGAAAGCUCAGAAGAAGUUAAUAAUUUAAAAGAGACAAAUGCAGAUGUAGAAACAAGUGCUUUUCUGAAUGAUAACGUAGGUGACGAUAAUAAAAAUAAUGAUGAUACAAAUAAUAAUUCUAAUGAUAAUAUUAAUAACACAGAUAAUGUGGUUAAUGAUACAUGUAAAGAAAAUGUGAUUGAAGAAAUUAAUAACAUUAAUGAUAAAAAUGAUAUACAUAAUAAAGAUAAAGGCUUAUCAAGCAGUAAUAAUGAAAAAAAGAAUAAAAAAGUAAGUGAAGAAACAAAAUUCGAUAUAUGUGCCGAUUUCUUUUUAUCCAUUAAUAUUGAUUGCUUAUGGGAAGAAUUUAAUAAAACUAUGCAAGUUAUCAAUAAUUCAUUAAUUGACAAAAAUUACAAAUUUAAAUGUAACAAUACAAGAAAUGGAAUUAUAAGUACUAAAAAAGGUGAUAUAGAAAACGAUUUAGAAAAUGAUAUUUCACAAAAGGGUAAUAAUAAUAUAUAUGCAGGAAAACCAAAUGUUUCUUUAUUUGAUUCAGGAUCUUCAUCACAUAAUUCUUCAGAUUCCGAUUAUCGUAUAAGUAAUAAUAUACAAAAUAAUUUGCAAAUAAAUAUGAGAAAUAACAUAGAAAGCAGAAAUGACAAUGAUAAUAAUAAUAAUGAAGAAACAAAGAAAGAAAAUGACGACGAGCCACCUCCAACUAUUUUAAAUUAUUUGCUACCCUUAAUGGAAGCUUAUCUAUUUAUAGAAGAAGUUAUUUUAGUUUCUCAGUAUAAAUUAAAAAAAUUCAAAGAUUUAGAAAAAAAAGUGGCAAAUUUAAAUAUCGAAAGUAUAAAAAUUAAUGAAAAAUUAGCUUAUGAUGACAGCCCCUUUUAUAUAAAUAUAUAUGAUAAGAAAAAAAAAUGUUUUACGAAUGAAAUGUAUGAUUCGGUUAAAAAUAAGAUUUUUAAAACAAGUAAUUAUACUUAUUUAAAUAAAAUAAAAAGGAAAAAGGAACCAAGUGUGGAAGAUGAAGAAGAAGAAGAAGAUCAGCAAUAUAAAAGGAAAGGAAUCAGCUAUGAUCCAUUAAAAAUAGAGAAAGAAAUUGAUACAAACGAAUUAGAAGGUAAUAAAGGUGAAGAUGCAAAUAAAAAAGAUAAAUCUUUAACAGAAAAAGGAACCUUUUUUAAUAAUGUAGAAAAAUAUUUUAUAAAUAAAUUUAAAAGGAAAAAAACCAAUGAUGAGAAUAAUAAUAAUAAUGUAGAAGAAAUAAAUAAAAAUAAAAGAGAGGAAAUGGGCUAUUUCGAGGAUGAUAUAAGAAAAGAGAAUAGAAAUAUAAAAAAAUCUACGGAUUAUGAAACAUUUUAUGAUGCAAAUGAAACUGUUAAAGAAAGCAUUAAUGAAAAAUAUAAAGUAUAUAAUGAUCUAAAUUUCAAGUAUUCAGAGGAAAAUGCAAAAAUAAAUAGAGAAUUUUACCACUUAGAGGAAUAUGAAGAUGCAAAAGAAAAAGAAGUUGAAGAGGAAGAUGAAUAUAUACAAAUUAAAUUAGAAGAUAAUGAAGGAUCAAUAAACAGUAGACAUAAAAAGUUAAUAAAAUUUGUUUAUAUAAAUAGAAGAGUUAUUAAUAGUUUGAUAAAACAAACCCCAAUAUUACUGCAUCAUAAUUUUAAAUCAUUGAUAAAGUUAACAUCUUCUUGCAUUAAUUUUGAAAAUAAAAGGCAUUAUUUAAGAAAAAAAUUAAAGUAUUUAAAAUCUGGCAUAAGAAGUGAACCAAUACGAUUAAAUAUAAGAAGAGAAAAAGUCUUUACAGAUUCUUAUUAUCAAUUGAGAAAUAAAUCAGGUAAUGAUUUAAAAGGAAAACUUAUUGUUACUUUUAAAAAUGAAGAAGGAGUAGACGCAGGUGGAUUAACAAGAGAAUGGUAUUCUAUUUUAGCUAAAGAAAUUUUUAAUCCAAAUUAUGCUUUAUUUUGUAGAGAAGGAAAAAAAAGUGAAUUUAAUCAUCCAAACCCUUUAUCAUAUAUUAAUCCUGAUCAUUUACAUUUUUUUAAAUUUGUUGGAAAAUUUAUUGCAAAAGCAAUAUAUGAUGGGCAAGUAAUUGAUGCCUAUUUCUGUAGAUCAUUUUAUAAGCAUAUGCUAGGAAGAAAAAUUUUGCCUGCUGAUGCGGAAUCAGUAGAUCCUGAAUUUUAUAAUAGUUUAAUUAAAAUAUCAGAAUAUAAAUUAGAAGAUUUAAAUUUAGAAAUAAACUUUAGUACUGAAAUUGACGAAUUCGGAAAAACCAAAAUUAUCGAUUUAAUACCAAAUGGUAGAAACAUUCCUGUAACUGAUGAAAAUAAACAGAAAUAUAUUGAGUUAUUAUGUGAAUUAAAAGUUACUAAUAGCAUAAAAGAACAGCUAGAGGCCUUUAUGGAUGGGUUUAAAGAAUUAAUUCAACCAAAACUAAUAUCAAUUUUUGAUGACAAAGAAUUGGAAUUGCUUAUAAGUGGGAUACCAACAAUAGAUUUGAAUGAUUUAAAAGAAAAUGUAGAAUAUCAUAAUUAUACCCCCAAUUCUAUUCAAAUAAUUUGGUUAUGGGAGGUUUUACAAGAAUUUGAUGAAAAUAAAAAGGCAUCCUUUUUACAAUUUGUUACAGGAACGAGUAGAGUACCAUUAGGUGGAUUUAAAAAUCUAAUGGGAAUGAGAGGUGCUCAAAAAAUGAUCAUUUAUAGAGCAUAUGGAGAAGAUAGACUCCCAACUGCACAUACAUGCUUUAACCAACUUGAUUUACCUGAAUAUUCAUCAAAAGAACUGUUAAAAAGUAAAUUAAUCAGAGCUAUUAUGGAAGGAAAAGAAGGAUUUGGUUUUAUAUAA